AUGAACUUGGGACGCAUUGAUGCUUUUCUUUUGGCCAGAGAAUAUGAUGAAUGUGUUUUGUUUAAUGUUUCUCAGCCAAGAAUAUUGAUGGCUAUGUCAAGGGAUGGAUUGCUGCCACCGUUUUUUUCUGACAUAAACAAGCGCAGCCAGGUUCCUGUGAAAAGCACAAUAGUUACUGGCCUUGUUGCUGCAGUCUUGGCAUUUUCAAUGGAAGUCUCUGAAUUGGCUGGGAUGGUCAGUGUUGGUACACUUCUUGCAUUCACCGUGGUGGCAAUAUCUGUGUUAAUACUGAGAUAUAUCCCACCAAAUGAGAUUCCAUUCUCCCAUUCUCUCCAGGAACCAUUUGAUUCUGCAUCAACACAGAAUAGUUGGAGAAGUUUGGAAGCAAACGAAGAUCCAAAGGCACAUGGUGGUGCAUCUGGGAGCAGGAAAACUGUAGUUGUUGAAGAGGAUGUAUCCAUCGAUUAUCCCCUUGUUGCUAAAGAUCCUAUCAUAGGCAAAUAUGUACAUGAGGGUAAUAGGAGAAAAGUUAUUGCUUGGGUAAUAGCAGUCAUAUGCUUAGGGGUCUUUAUCCUCACAUUUGCAGCUUCAGAUAAAACUAUAAUCAGUUAUGUUCGUUUUGCACUAUGUGGAGUUGGUGCCACUCUUCUUCUAUCUGGUUUUGUCUUUCUAAACUGUAUGGAUCAAGAUGAUGCACGGCAUAACUUUGGCCAUUCUGGAGGUUUCAUUUGUCCAUUUGUGCCUCUAUUGCCGGUGGCUUGCAUUCUUAUCAAUUUAUAUUUACUUAUUAAUCUUGGGGCUGCUACAUGGACACGUGUUUCUAUAUGGCUGGCAAUAGGAGUUAUUGUUUAUGUAUUUUAUGGUCGAACCCAUAGCACUCUGAAAGAUGCACUUUAUGUGCAAACAGCUCCACCCUCAACUUCUCUUGCCUAA